CCGCGCGGACGUCCGAGUUUUUAUGUUUAUGCCAUUUUUUGUUUCCCUAGUCCCUCAGGAGUCCUGGUACGACGAGUCCGGGGAGGGCGAAGAGGAGGGCGAAGAGGAGGAGCGGGACGAGGAGGACGAGGACGAGGCCGAGGAGGUGGACGAGGAGGAGCAGGCAGAGGAGGGCGAGGCCGCCGGAGCGGGCAACCCCUUCGACGAGGAGCAGGCAGGGGAGGCCCCCUCCGACGAGGAGCCCGCGCCGCACGGGGAGGCGCCGGGCCGCGCGGCGGGGCCUCCCCCGCAGGCGCAGGCCGCGCCUCGGCAGGCCGGAGGAGGGCCUCCGAGCCCCGCCGCCCGCUGAGGAGGCCUCCUCCUCCCUCCCGCGGCCCCCCUCGGCCUGCCCAGGCCCCCCUCCCUGCGCUCUGGGCGCUCCCCUCUCCCCCACCCUCCUCGCAGGGGCCCCCGUGCCCUCAGCCGCGCGGCUCCCCCCCGCAGCUGCGGGGGUGCUCCCCGCGGCGCACGGCGCGGCCUAGGAAUGCUAAUGCCGCGGGCAGGCCCCGCACCGCACGGAGGCGCGCGAGCGCGCGCGAGCGCGCGCGCGCAAAAAGGCCGCG